AUGUCGCUUGGCCAACUGGUCAGCUCCAACGCCCAUACAAAGUGGGCCGGCCGGCCGACCACCCGCACGCCGCAAUCCGCAGCCAUCCACGGCCAUCCCGGCCGCCUCGCUGCCUCGCCAUCCGCGCGCGCGCCCUACCCCCCAUCCCGGCCCGUCUCUCCCCGCGGCGCCUCGCAUCACCCCAUCUCACCCGGCCAACUGGUCAAUUCCCUUCGCCAGCACGCACGCAACUCGCCGCGGGCACCGGACGCCUGCCUGCCUGGCCCUCGCCGUGAGCGCCGGCCGGUCAGCCGCCCCGCCCUACAGGUGCUCCGGCCGUGGGCCGCCAUCCUGCGUGCAAACGUGGUCGAGUGA